AUGGCCCCACCAGGAGGGCUCUUUGUCACCGACUAUUUCACCCGGACCCCCCGCAAGCUGAACGCCUUCCGCUCCUUCACCAGCAUCGAGCUCUUCCAUUUCCGCAUCCCGGAGGACACGGUGGUGGCUGUCUGGAACCUCAUCACCUUUAAAGAGCAGGGAGGCACCUUUGGCGACCAGUGCCCAGACCGGAGCAUCACCGUGUAUUUCCGCUCAGGGGCCCCACCUGUGAUCAACCCGCUGCACACCCACUUCCCCAGAGAGACAGCCGUGCCUGGCUCCUUCGCCCUCACGCUCACCUGGACGCUGCCCAACCGGACCACGGGCGUCUUCAACAUCACCAGCCCACUGCCUGGGGACUGGUUCCUGGCAGCUCAUUUGCCCAAGGAACAGGGGAAGAUCUCUGUCAAGGGCCUUGCCGAGGACUGCCAGUACCUCUUCCAGCCCCAACUCAUUGUCCAGCGGCUCCUGGGAAUCACCGUGCUGUAUCCUGGCUACGUGACGGAGCACGUCCUCUCGCGCCACAACCGCUCCCUGCUGUGCAAGGUCUUCAGCCCGAGCUACGCCUCGCAGGUGCUGGUGGAGCUGCGCGCCUGCCGCGGGGGGGUCAACCAGAGCGCCGAGGGCUGCCCGCUGUGGCUCAAGGCGCGCGGCAAGGCCCCCCCGCUGCACAACUCCACCGCCGUCGACUGCCGGGAGCGCCGGCCCUGCCGCCUGGCCCUGCCGCUCCCCUUCUGGCAGCAGUGGUACUACCUGCUGGUGGAGAAGCCACCGGGCCUGGCCGGCAGCCUCGGCUUCCAGCUGGUGGUGCAGCUGAAGGGUGAGGCCCCUUUUGCAAUGCGCCAGAACCUAACUGGGCGCCUCUUCUCUUAGUCCUCUCUGCGCGGGGAGAACGCCACCGUCUUUGCCUGCUUGAACCACGAGGUCCCCUUGGCCUCCGAAGAGAAUUCCACGGUCACCUGUGAGACAGAGCUGCUGGCGGGAUUCCUGCUCUCCAUCCAUGCCAAGGCCCCCCUUGCCCGCCUGCGAAUCCCCUACCCACAGACGGGGAGCUGGUACCUGAGCCUGCGCUUGCUCUGCGCCACGGACAGGGGGCUGGAGCCCUGUGGGAACGUGACCGCAGAGGUGUACCUGCGCACCUACCUCUCGCCCUGCAUCAACGACUGUGGCCCUUACGGGCAGUGCAAGCUGAUGCGCACCAACAACUACUUGUAUGCUGCCUGUGAGUGCAAAGCUGGCUGGAGCGGCUGGGGCUGCACAGACAACACAGCGGCCUUCUCCUACGGCUUCCAGCUGCUCUCCACGCUGCUCCUCUGCCUCAGCAACCUCAUGUUCGUCCCGCCGGUGGUCAUCGCCGUGCGGAGCCACUACCUCCUGGAGGCCGCUGUCUACAUCUUCACCAUGUUCUUCUCCACUUUCUACCACGCCUGUGACCAGCCAGGCAUUGUUGUCUUUUGCAUCAUGGACUAUGACGUCCUGCAGUUCUGUGACUUCUUGGGCUCCCUCAUGUCCGUCUGGGUCACGGUCAUCGCCAUGGCCCGGCUCCAGCCGGUGGUCAAGCAGGUGCUCUACCUGUUGGGCGCCAUGCUGCUCUCCAUGGCCCUGCAGCUGGACCGUCAUGGCCUCUGGAACCUGCUGGGACCCAGUCUUUUUGCCUUAGGGAUCAUGGCCAUUGCCUGGACGGCCCGGAGCAUCCGGCGGCGGCACUGCUACCCCCCAACCUGGCAGCGCUGGAUCUUCUACCUGUUGCCUGGGGCGCUGAUUGCCGCCUCGGCCAUCCUGCUCUACGCCUUUGUCGAGACCGAGGAGAACUACUUCUAUAUCCACAGCAUUUGGCACAUGCUCAUUGCCGGGAGCGUGGGCUUCCUGCUGCCCCCCCGGGCCAAGCCCGACACAACGGCCACGGCAGCCGGUGGCCUGGCCGGCCCUCUGCCUCGCCGGAAAGGCUGCGGUUACCAGCUCUGCAUCAACGAGCAGGAGGAGCUGGGGCUGGUGGACCCCCAGGCCGGGAGCGCCUCCGUCACCAGCGUCUGCACCAGCUGAUGGGGAGGCUGGCCGGCCGGCCGGUUCUGGACAGACUGAGACUGGCCCUUGCGAUGGAGGGCAGGGCUGUAAUGCCCCCCCCACCCCCAGCCCCUGCCAUGGCUGGGGCUCUGUGCCAACCUCCCCCCCCAACACACACACUCUUCACACCUGGGCAGCGGCCAGUGGAACUCCAAUGCCAGCCUUUUCCGAUGCCUGCCUGCUGGCCCUGACAUGGGUGGCAGCAGCUGGAGCGGGAAUGCCUUCCUCACGGGGGGGGGGAGAGGUUACCUCAGCCCCCAGGGCCACCGUGGUCUAUGGUAAGGCCCCUGGGUGGGAGGUUACCUCACCCCUGCGGUCCCUUUGCCCUGAGCUCCAGAAACCCAGAAGCCAAGCCAAGCAGAGCGGCAGUGACAGGAAAGGGCUGGAUGGGUGCGUCGGGCUGCCUGCGUGCUGAGGUUCCUCCCUUCCCAGGCAGUGGAGGGGGGGGGACACACACCCUCCUCUUCCUCCUAUGUGGGAAAGGAACUGUGUGCGGACAAGGCUACUCCUUGGCCAUCUGUAUACUGGUGGCACUGGUUGGGGGGGCAGGAGGGGAGGGUGAAGCAGGUACCCCACUGGAAAGGCCCAGGUCUCAUCGCCCUGAUACUCACGAGGCUGCAUGAGAUGAAGGCCCCUGCUGCCUGAGGGGGGGGCGCUCUGCUCCGCUCCCCCCACCCACCCAGGGGCUGAUUGCCAUCCUCACAGCUCACCCUGGGGCAUCUGUUCCUCCCCCUUCUUCGGGCAAGGGAGACCAGCUCCUGGUGGGGGGGGCGUGGGUGUGUGUGUGGGGGGGAGAGACAUUCCCUGACUUAGGAAGGUCAGCCAAGCCAAAUCCCCUGCUUUUCAAGGGCUGGCGGGGCUGAUGGGCCCACAUAAAUGGAGAGAGGAGAGUCGGCCCCCUUCCUCCACCCCUGACCUCCGUGGCCCUCAGCAACUUCCCUUAAAGGGGCCACAGGAAGAGUCCCCAAGUCCUCAGUCCUGCUGGAGUCCCUUUCCAGCCUCCAGGAUAGGUUGUUCUCUGCCUGCCCCCCCCCGGACUCCAGCUCCCCCCAUUCCUCCUCCAGGCCAUCACUCAUGGGACUCUUCCCCCCCCUCCAACCUCCUCCCAGUUCCUCUAUUCCAGGAGCCCGCAGGAGCCCCUUCAUGGGGGUGGUGGUGCAAGGGUCAGCAUCUGCAUGGGUCCAUGGACAGACCAACCCUGCCCACCCACGGGGGUCUCUGACACGAAGGGCAAGGUCUGGGAGGGAGGAAGUUGAUUUACAGCCCCAAAGAAGUUUCACAAGAGAACAGCAAGGCCAUCCAUCAGAGGGAGAUCGAAGAGGGAACAUGGCCGCGCGCCCCCUCCCAGUUGCCUCCUGGAAGCGUGCCUCCCUUCACAGCCCCUUCUCUCCCCCCCCGCCCAACAACAACCACACCAUCGCCCUUCCCUGGUUCACUUAAAGGCAAUACCGCCUAUCGAAACACCCAGCGGUGCCCAUGUAGGUGGAUCAAAGAGGUCACUGGCAGCCAGGAGUUCCGGAUCAGGACCACUGGGAAUCAACUGGGGCCUUCCCUGUCAGGAGUCUCAUCCUCCCCACCGAAAGUGGAGGGCCCCCGCGUGUCAGAACGCGUCAUACCAGCCCAACACACCUGAAGGAGGGCAAGAGGGCAGCCUGCUCGUCCGAGGGCUCCAGAAAAGCCGUGGUGGCCACGGUCUGGGGGCCUCAGGGCACGACCCCAAGGGGAGGAGCCUCCAGGGACCCUGGACGGCUCCCGGACGUGCCAGGAAGGAAGGCUGGAGGGUCCAAAGGUCUCCCAUGGAGCCGAGCCCCCGGGCAGGGCUGCUGGUGCCCUGUGGCAGAGGGACGCUGCCCCUGCCCCUCCCUCUUGGGUGGUACAGAAGGCCCCGGACUGGCCCCCACCUGCCCUCCUCCCAGCAGCUGGGAUGAGGGAGGGAGGAACCCACCUGAGAUUCCCAGGACAUGAUCCUCAGGUUCUCUGUUGGCGCCGAGCAGCUGCAGGGGUUUCUCUCUCCCCCCCCCCGCCCAGAUGGAGGCACUGCUGGUCUAGGGGGAUUGGGGCAGGAAAAGGGCUGCUGCACCCCAUUUCUUGGAAGUAGGCCUGAGGGCCCCUCCUCGGGAUCAGCGAGGAGGAAGAGGAGACACCCUGUCCAGCUGGGCAUGGCGGGUGGGGGGGGCUUUGACCUGAGCAGAGGGGGCGGAAGUGCCGCUGAGGUGCUCCUGAGGACCACAGAGCCCUCUCGUGGCUCACCCCCAACUCCUCCCUGCCCCCCAUACACACCCUUCCAGACAGGCUGCUCUGAGGCCUCCCCAUUGAAGUGAAGGUUGCCUGCUCCAGGGAGGGGCCAAAGGAGAGUCUGCCAGGUCAGGAGGUGGGGGGCAGGUGGGGGUGCCUCUUCCUCUGCCAAAGGAAAGGACUGGGGGGCGGGAGGAACCGCCUUCUGGGGUUUGGCAAACUGUGCGCAAACCCACACCGCAGGAUUCUGAGAUGGGGCCACCACCACCCCUAUUCUGAGGCAUAGGAAAGAAGUGUUUUAUUUUCUAUUCCAUCCAGUUCUUAAAUAAACCAAUGGAAUAAAGCUGCCAAUAAAAUGGGGUCAAAUGUCUUUAUGCCAGAAUCACACCAAGGACUGAAAUAAUCCAGCCCAGCUGAGACAAAACACAAGAGAAUUAUCUGAAGCGACCCCCCAGGAAAGGAAUGGCCAGCUUGCGGAACAGCCCGCGUGCACACGCACACACCCCAUGCGGCCAAUCUGGCAGGGGCACCUGGUAGAGGACAGAACCACGGCCGGCUGCGAUGGGUGGGAGGGAGAAAGAAAGAAAGAAAGGAGGAGGGCACCACUCUGACUCUGUCCACAUCUCGAUGGUCCCUGCUGCUGAUCCGGGUGGGAGACCAAGACACAUGCAUGCAUGCAUGCAUGCAUGCAUCCUGCCACGGAGGAUGCAACCCCCACAGUUACUGCUCUGCCCUUCCACCUCAGUUGCAGGGCCUGAGGGGGGGGGGAGAGAAGCUGCUUUAAGGCCUGGGCUUCCUUGGAGGAGAACAUGGGAGAAUUCUGUGGCUCUCACCUGGCAUGCAGGAACCAAGGCUCUUUUCAGAGGAGACACCUGGCUUGACCCUUGCAUUUUCCUUGCCUGCAACCGGGAUGCCAGAGCCAUCUCCCAGGAAAGGUUGGCGUUGUCUCAGGAACAGGGGCAGGCCGCCUUUGGGAGCAGAAGCUCGUCCUCAACCCUGGGGGAGAGGUGGCGUCUCCAGAGGGCAAGGAAACCAGGUGUGGUGGCCGGUUUGGAGGCUUGUACCGGGCUUUAUCUCUGCAGAGUUCUAGGCGGUAUACAAGCCGCCAGCAAUCCUUCCAAUGUACAGCAAUUUA